AUGUUCCAAGACAUUCCUUCUUAUCUAUCAAUCUAUAUCGUUCUAUCUAGCUAUCUAUUUAAUUCAUUCUAUUCCUAUCUAUCUAUCUAUCUAUCUAUCUAUCUAUCUAUCUAUCUAUCGCAUUCUGUUCUUAUCUAUCUAUCUAUCUAUCUAUCUAUCUAUCUAUCUACUAAAGUCUGUCUGUGGAUGACAAUAUCUAUCUAUCUAUCUAUCUAUCUUUUACUAUCGCUUCAUCUAUCUAUCUAUCUAUCUAUCUAUCUAUCUAUCUAUCUAUCUAUCUAUCUAUUUAUGGCACUUCGAUAUAUCUAUCUAUCUAUCUAUCUAUCUAUCUAUCUAUCUAUGGCACCUGAUGUUUGUCUGAUUAUAAAUAUAUAUAAUAUAUAUCUAUCUAUCUAUAUCUAUCUAUCUAUCUAUGGCACCUCGAUAUUAUUAAAUCACUAUAAUAAUAACAAUCUAUCUAUCUAUCUAUCUAUCUAUCUAUCUAUAGCACCUCGAUACUAUAAUAAUAACAAUCUAUCUAUCUAUCUAUCUAUCUAUCUAUCUAUCUAUCUAUCUACGAUGAGUAGUAUUUCUAUCUAUCCUAUCUUUUCGCAUCUAAGAUUAUUAAAUCACUAUCAUCUAUCUAUCUAUCUAUCUAUCUAUCUAUCUAUGGCACCUCGAUGUUUAUUAUUAAAUCACUAUAAUAAUAACAAUCUAUCUAUCUAUCUAUCUAUCUAUCUAUCUAUGGCACCUCGAUGUUUAUUAUUAAAUCACUAUAAUAAUAACAAUCUAUCUAUCUAUCUAUCUAUCUAUCUAUCUAUCUAUGGCACCUCGAUAUUAUUAAAUCACUAUAAUAAUAACAAUCUAUCUAUCUAUCUAUCUAUCUAUCUAUAG